AUGUCAAAGUUACUUUCUGAUAAUAACGCUCAAGAAAUGAGCAUUUCUAUGGUGAACAAGAAUUCUGAUGAUAGCCGGUUGGAAAGUGGACCUCUUGAAGAUACCAUGAUAGAGGAUAAUAUAUUGGAUAAAUGCGGUUCAAAGGACAAUGAGCACCUUGAUCUGUUAGAUGAAGCUGAUUCACUUAAAACUAGUGAGAAAAUAAAUGGACAGUCAGGGACACAACAUGGAUCAUCGGAACUAGUGGAAA